AGACACACAACCAACGGCGGGGCGCGCGCGCCGGGUCGUGUGUUGUGCUUUGGUUGUGCUCUGCUUCACUCAAUAUACCCUGGUGCUCUGCUGGGGCCGGGCGCCGGCUGUAGUUUAUGGCAGAUUUUUUUCGGAUAACUUAGUUAUUUUCACGAAGAAACUCACCCGCUCCCCAUGAAUCUUGUCAUAAACUAUUGAGAAGUCCUUGAGGUACACGUCUGCCCUCGAAUCGCACAUUAUUCUGGAAACAUUUUGAGCAAUAACAAUGGCAGCUGUUUUUGACAAUGUUUUGAUAAACAAAAUCCAUGAAGACGGCUCUUCUGUGAACCACCUGUCAGGAAAGGCACAAAUUCGCUUGUCCUAUGAUCCUGCUGGAAUAAGUGUCAAAGUUUUACAAGAUGAAAAAGUCCAACUGGAGUUUCCUGUCUCAAAGACAACAGAAUGCUGCAAGGCUGGGAAAACAGCAUACAUUUUCUCUCUGAGCACUGAUGCAUUCAUGAUUGUUCUUGACAGUACACAGGAUUGUCAGCGACUCAGCACUCACAUACAGGAUUUCAAGUCUGGUCAGGCCACUUCAGUGUUCUCUGAGAGAACGGAAGAGGCCUCGGCCUCACAGUAUUUCCAGUUCUACAGCUACCUCUCCCAGCAGCAGAACAUGCUACAGGACUUCAUCAGGACGGGCACCUACCAGCGGGCCAUCCUCUCCAACGCGGCCGACUUUACUGGCAAGGUGGUGUUGGACGUGGGAGCGGGCUCUGGAAUUCUCUCCUUCUUCGCCGCCCAGGCCGGUGCCAAGAAGGUGUACGCCGUCGAGGCCAGCUCCAUGUCGGAACACGCUGCUCGGCUGGUGGCGGCCAACAACCUUCAGCACGUGAUCCAGGUGGUGGCCGGAAAGAUCGAGGAGAUCAAUCUGGCCGAGAAGGUCGACAUGAUCAUCUCGGAGCCCAUGGGCUACAUGCUCUACAACGAGCGCAUGCUCGAGACCUACCUGCACGCCAAAAAGUGGCUCAAACCGGGCGGGAAACUGUUCCCCAGUCGAGGUGACCUACACAUCGCGCCCUUCCGAGACGACGCCCUCUACAUGGAACAGUACAGCAAGGCCAACUUCUGGUACCAGAACAGUUUUCACGGCGUGAACCUGACCUCGCUGCGAGAGCGGGCGGCCGAGGAGUACUUCCGUCAGCCGGUGGUGGACACGUUUGACGUGCGCAUCUGUCUGGCCAAGGCGGUGCGGCACGUGCUCGACUUCUCCACGGCCGAGGAGCGCGACCUGCACCGCAUCGACAUCCCGGUCGAGUUCCACAUGCUGGAGACGGGCACGGUGCACGGCCUGGCUUUCUGGUUCGACGUGGCGUUCUGCGGCUCGCAGCAGACGGUCUGGCUGAGCACGGCUCCCACAGAGCCGCUGACACACUGGUACCAGGUGCGCUGCCUGCUCCGGCACCCGCUGCCCGCCAAGGAGGGACAGAUGCUCACCGGGCGAGUGCUCAUGGUGGCCAAUCAGAGGCAGAGCUAUGACGUCACCAUCACCCUGCAAGUGGAGGCGACGGGCGUAUCGAGCACGGUGACGCUGGACCUGAAGAACCCACUGUUCCGGUAUACGGGCGCAGCGCCGGCCGCCCCGCCCGGCUACAACUCCGUCAGCCCCAGCGAGAAGCACUGGGCCACGGUGGACGCCCAGGGCGCCAAACACGCUCUGAGUCUGCUGCACGGUAUGACUGUGAACGGACUGGGCGAGGUCGCGAUGGACACCUCCGGCCUGCAAAACACCGUACUGAAUGUGGAGAGCCUGGUGAACCAAGCGGCCAUCCACCCGGGCUCGAUCCCGGCGGCGGCGCUGUCCAGCGGCCGACCGGUGGCCGCCACCAGCGCGCCCAAGCGGCCGGCGCCGGCGGCGGCCAGCUCGCGGGCUACGGCCGUGCGGCCGGCGCAGGGUCGGCCGGCGGCAGCCGCCACCACCGCCGACCCCGCGCCGCCCCAGCCGCAGCCGCAGCAGUACCCGCUCAGCCAGGCGCUCAUGAUCGGCGACUACGUCACACUGGCCGGCUCCUUCCGACAGUGAGCCGCGUGACGGCCCGUGACGCCCCCUCCCGUGACGGACAUUGGUGACGGAUUACGCUUCCGUGAAGCGGAGUGAUUUUUUACAUUGCCUGUUUUUCCAGGCACCGGUAGUGUUAUGUUACGUCUAUGCCUAUUUUUACGGGCUCGACUGUUCUGUUUCAGAAUAAUCGUCUGGCGUGUGUACCAAAGCGACUUUUUCGCUCUAAUUAGAAUGACCUCCCGAAGCAUCGACUUAACAUCGGUGCACGCCCAUGACCCAUCGGUGAACGAUCUAUGACCCCUCGGCGGCCCCCGCGAGUCUCGGCGGGGUGAAUAUGUCACCGGUGUCGAUACUACUCUCCCUGUGGGAGCUGAGUCAGCGCCAGGCUGGGAGUGCGCUGCUGAGCUGACGCCCAUAGUGGACGCAGUGGAGCGGCGACUCAGUCUGUGCUGAGAAAUAGCUCCAAUCCGACGAUCGGAUCACGGCAUCCUUUAAGUACCUUUAGCGGACGAACAAAGACAUCAUGGGAAUAGAUUUCGCACGGUCCCGUGAUUAAUCGGCCGUCUGACGAGACGCUCGUCCCGGUGUCUUUAGAGCACCGGUCUGUUUCCCCGUGUCGGAAUUCAUUGACGCCCCUCCGUCCGGGAGCGUUGCGGUCACAGUGACCAGACAAACGUUGACCUGCCGCUGGCGGCGCGCACUACAAGAAGCCUUUCAUCAGCACCAUUUCGUCGUAACUUGACAAAAGAAGCUUCGACAUAGCUCGACCGUUCCAAGUAGCGCACUGAUUGGAAAUGUUAACGACGCACGGUAACGCAAACACGAAUGCUGCGCAUUCAGGCUUUCUCGGACAGUUGCAGCACCGCUGUGGCAUUCGGCCGAUCUGAGACCGGAGCUGGACAAUACAUUGAUCUGACUUCA